CGUGGCGUCGGGCCCCUCCCCUUUCCCGCGUCACGGCCUUGGCCCCUCCCCCGUGCCUCCGCCGAGGGCCUCGGGUAUAAAAGGCGGCGGGGCCGGCGUUGCUCUCCGCUGGCGGCCCUUCCGUCCAAGAUGAGCUACACGCUGGAGACGCUGGGCGUCGGCGGCGGCUCUUCCUACCGGCGGAUGGCCGAGAGCCGGAGCUCUGCCUUCAGCCGGGCCAGCGUCUCCCCGUCGAGCGGCUUCCGAUCGCAGUCGUGGUCGCGGAGCUCUCCCAGCACGGUCUCGUCGUCGUACAAGGCCCGCAAUGUGGUCUCGAUGGGCCGGGGCUCGUACGGCUCGGCGGCGGGGCUGAGCUCCGCGGAGAGCCUGGAGCUGAGCCAGACCUCGCUCUUUAACGGCCUGGCGCCGUCGGAAGGGAAGCGCUCCAGCGAGAAGGAGCAGCUGCAGGGCCUGAACGACCGCUUCGCGGGGUACAUCGAGAAGGUGCACUCCCUGGAGCAGCAGAACAAGGAGCUGGAGGCCGAGAUCGCGGCGCUGCGGCAGAGGCAGGCCGGCCGGGGCCAGCUGGGGGAGGCCUUCGAGCAGGAGCUGCGGGAGCUGCGCGGGGCCCUGGAGCAAGUCAGCCACGAGAAGGCGGCGCUGCAGCUGGACUCGGAGCACCUGGAGGAGGACCUCCAGCGCCUCAAGGAGCGCUUCGAGGACGAGGCCCGGCUCCGCGACGAGACCGAGGCCGUGACCAGGGCCCUCCGCAAAGACGUCGAGGAGGCCGCGCUGCUCAAGGUGGAGCUGGACAAGAAGGCCCAGGCCCUGCAGGACGAGGUGGCCUUCCUCCGCGGGAACCACGAGGAGGAGGUGGCCGAGCUCCUGGCCCAGAUCCAGGCCUCCUCCUCGACGGAGCCCCGCAAGGACUACCUGAAGAGCGCCUCCACCACCGACCUCUCGGCCGCCCUCAAGGAGAUCCGCUCCCAGCUGGAGUGCCACUCCGACCACAACAUGCUCCAGGCCGAGGAGUGGUUCCGCGGGCGCUACGCCAAGCUGACCGAGGCCGCCGAGCAGAACAAGGAGCAGAUCCGCUCCGCCAAGGAGGAGAUCGCCGAGUACCGCCGCCAGCUACAGGCCAAGAGCAUCGAGCUCGAGUCCGUCCGCGGCACCAAGGAGUCCCUCGAGCGGCAGAUCAACGACAUCGAGGAGCGCCACAACCACGACCUCGCCACCUACCAGGACACGAUCCAGCAGCUAGAAAAUGAGCUGAGAGGUACAAAAUGGGAAAUGGCGCGCCACUUGAGGGAAUAUCAGGAUCUCCUCAAUGUCAAGAUGGCUCUCGACAUUGAAAUUGCCGCAUACAGGAAACUUCUUGAAGGUGAAGAAACAAGAUUCAGUGCCUUCUCUGGCAGCAUCACUGGGCCAACAUUCACACACAGGCAACCUUCAGUAACAAUAUCAACAACCAAAAUCCAGAAAUCUAAAGCCGAACCUCCAAAGCUAAAGGUCCAACACAAAUUUGUAGAAGAAAUCAUUGAAGAAACCAAAGUAGAAGAUGAGAAAUCUGAACUGGAUGAGGCCCUUGCAGCUAUGGCUAAAGAACUGGCUGGUGGAGCAGUGCCUGAGGAAGAGAAGGAGGAAGAGGAGGAAGAAGGAGAGGCUGUAGAAGAGGAAAUAGUGGCAGAGGAAAAGGCUGCGGUUGAAGCAGCAGCCCCAGAAGCUGAGGAAGAAGGAGGAGAGGAGGAGGAGGAAGGUGAAGAAGAAGGAGAUGCAAAGUCUGAUGAAGCAGAAGAAGGUGGAUCUGAAAAAGAAGAAGAUAAGAGUGAAAAGGAAGAGGGUGAGGAAGAAGCUGAAGAGGAGACAGCUGAGGAAGAAGGUGAGGGAGAUGAAGCUAAGAGCAAGGAAGGAAAGGAGGUUCCAGAAGAAGAGGAGAAAGCAGGCUCACCAGCAAAGGAAGGAUCUCCCGAGAAAGCAGGAACGCCAGAAAAAGCAAAGUCUCCAGAGAAAGAGAAAGCUGGGACCCCAGAAAAGGCAACCUCUCCUAAGAAAGCUGGAACUCCUGAGAAGGGCUCUCCUGAAAAACCUGGAACUCCAGAGAAAGGGUCCCCUGAGAAGGCAGGGACUCCAGAGAAAGCACCUUCUCCAGAGAAAGCAGGAACCCCAGAGAAAGCCUCUCCAGGAAAAGCAGGAACACCAGAGAAAGCCUCUCCAGAAAAAGCAGGAACACCAGAGAAAGCCUCUCCAGAAAAAGCAGGAACACCAGAGAAAGCCUCUCCAGAAAAAGGGGGGACUCCAGAGAAAGCUGGGACCCCAGAGAAAGCAACCUCUCCAGUGAAAGCAGGGACUCCAGAGAAAGCAACUUCUCCAGAAAAAGCAGGGACCCCAGAAAAAGCAGCUUCUCCAGCAAAAGCAGGAACUCCGGUGAAAGAAGAGAUCAUCUCAGUCACCAAGGCAGAAAAAGUUGGUGCAGGGAAAGAAACAAAAGAGGAAAAGAAAGAAAAGAGUGAGAAAGCUUCAAAGGAAUCCACCAAAGAAGAUAUUGCAGUCAAUGGAGAGGUAGAAGAUAAAGGAGAGGAGGAAGACUCCAAGACAAAGCAAGUUGAGGAGGAAGAUAAAGGGGUUGUCACCAAUGGUCUGGAUGUGAGCCCCAUUGAGGAGAAGAAAGGGAAGAGCGAUGAGAAAGUUGUAGUAACCAAAAAAGUAGAGAAAAUCACAAGCGAAGGGGGUGAUGGAACCACUACGUAUAUCACAAAGUCUGUGACGGUCACACAGAAGAUGGAAGAGCAUGAAGAGACGGUUGCAGAGAAAUUAGUGUCCACCAAGAAGGUAGAGAAGGUCACUUCUUCACAUGCUGUAAUGAAAGAAGUUAAGGAGAGUGACUAGAAUAAUCUUUUUCCCCCUUUCCUUCUAAAGAGCUUGGGUCGGUGCAAAAGGUUAAGCCAUAUGACAGCUGCAAAAUGCAUGUAAGUGACGGCUUCUAAGCAGAACGGGUUCUCUCGUGAAGUCUCCAAAACACUCUUCCUUUAUUUCUUAUUCUUAUUCUUAUUAUUGUGCAAUACCCAGGGAUCAGGCGGGGGGGAAAUGCAUGCACACCCGAUGUGCUCCCUCUGCAGAACUUGGGGAAUUAAACAAAAAUGCAUGAGCUGUUAUUCUUACAGAGGAACUUGCUGAGUUUCCUAAGCUGCUGAUGGGACGGAACGUCUUAAGAUGUAUUAUGCAAAGAAUCAACUGAGCCAAAUACAAACAAACAAUAACAAAAGAAUGAAUGAAAAAUGAUAGUAAUACCCCCAAACUCUCCUAGCCUUAAGCUAUUUAAUAAUUAUGUUUACCUCACUGGUGCAAUUAAAGAGGGAUGUUUGUUCAUGGGAGAACCUACCUUGACAUGCACAGUAUGCAACCUUUUGUUGUUUGAUGUAAAGCAGUCACAGCUGUUCAUGCUCAAUAAAGGUCAUAUUGGAAACAUG